UGUCGAGAUUAUGAACGCUACGAGCACGGAAUCCCUUUGACCGAGGUGCGUGUGUUAUGCACCAGCUUAGACUUGAACAACAUGAAUGACAAUAUUGUGCUUAACUACAUCUUCAGGGUGUGGAGCCAUCUUCAAACGCUUGAUAUCACUAAUCAGGUUGGGAAGACUGUAGAUUAUGAAUCCGCUUUUCCUCUGGAGUAUUGGUUUUGGGAAAUGAAAGAGUUGGCAGAUAGUUUUACUCAUCAUCUGAGACGGGUGCGGAUUAGAGGGUUUACCGGAAAAGAGCGCGAAAUCAGACUCGUAACUCAUAUGAUAAAGAAUGCUUGUAUGUUGGAGAAGCUAGUAAUUCAGUGCAGUGAUGGUUGUUCAACACAAGGAGCUGCUGCUACUCAGGGACUACAAUCUGUGCCCAGAGCCUCUAUUAAUGUAUCUAUAGUCUUGAAUAUGCCUGGAGAUUAACAUUUGUUAUCAGUUUUGAAGUUUUGAAGUUGGAUAUUGACACUUUCAUUGUCAUUUUCUACUAUGAAAAUUAAAGCCGUCAAUAUGGGUUAGGCCAGCCCAAUCUA